AUGGAUCCGUCUAGGGAAAUGUUUAAUGGGACUCCUAGAGAGAGUAUGGAGGGUGGAAAUACUCCAGAAAUGGUGGGAGAAGCAGAGUUUACGAAUGCCCAUGGAAUUCCAUACGGCGUGGACCCAAAGAAUAAAAAUUGGCAGGUUCCAUUGUAUUGGCAGCAACAAGGAAACGACUAUCCAGGCAAAAGUCCUCAAAUGGAUUACGGUGCCUCUGAUUAUGAAUCCAAUGCUGGUUCCAUCAGCCCAUCCAGUGCAGCUGCCGGUCCUGGAAACCCAAGAAAAGUCAAUCCUCAUGUAGGACCCCAUUCAGUCCAACCAAACGAAUACGCCCGAGAAUUUCCUUCCGACUCACCUUACUACCGUGGUGGUCCUGGUGUCUCUGGAAUUGGCGAAAUGGAAGGCCUUGCUGGUCAAGGCUCUGGUCCUCAGGCGAAUAUCUUUGGCUCUCCGACUCACAAUAAUUUUGUCCCUUUUCCAAACUAUAUUCACCCAAAUCCUUCCAAUCCAAUGGACACUCCAAUCUCCAAAGACUUGUACAAUAUCCCAUCCCAUUCCUCCAACGCUGUCUCCUCUGCCCCCGACGACCCUAAUCCAUCCAUUUCCAUGUCUCCUACUGCCUCAUUUCAAUCUCAUCCCGCCCAUCGUCCCUCUACUGCAGCUGGGUCUCCAGGGAUCUCUGAUUUUCCUGGUGCCCAUGGCCAUGAAUAUGGCAUGCGAGCUAAUUCUUCCGACCUUUUUGAAGAACCCGCCCAUCCAGCCUCCGUGCAUCCUUCGAUCAGCAUCUCUACGCUUCUUACAGGAAGCGAGGGUUACGACCCUUCUUCCCAUAACGUUCUGUCCGAACAAAUCUCCCCAGCCAUGGCUCCUCCUUUAGACAUGUCUUCUCUCCCUCACACCAUGUUGCGUGGAGUCUCGCCCUCUCAAAAGCAAUCUCCCAUUCCGCAGACCGCCCACCCCCAAACUCGUCGUCGGUUCCAUGCUGCCAACAACCCUCCUCCUGCAAGUCCUGCUGCCCCCAUGUUGUCUCCUGAAGCCCCUUCCAUAGAUUCCGACGAAGUCCUUAGUGGCGACGAAGAUGAGCAGCAAGCCAUGGCCACGCGCUUUCAUUAUCUGCAGCAUCUCCGAAACCGACGAGAUGAAGCGGUUCAUUCAGAGAAAAAGCGCCUUUUGGAUAUUCGUUCUUCCCUACACAAUCGUUUUCUUUGGCGAUAUGAGGCUCGUUACAACAAACUUCAUGCUCUUGAAUACUCCCAAAACCACGAUUGGGCCGUUCAUCAAGCUAUCCGAGAAGAAGUAGCAGCCCUCGAAGCCGCCAAGGUUCGUGCCGAAGAAGAACAAAAACGACGCGAACGACUCGAACUUGAGCGUCUUGAAAAGAAGCAGCAAGAAAAUAGCGAAAAGGAGAGACAACUUCUCGAAAGUACCGAGCAAAACGAUCCCCCUAAAGAGAAUACGGACACUCAUGACGAUAAUGUGAAUGAGUCCGACGAAAUUCCUAUUUCCGAAUCUAGACCAGAAGCUCCUCCUCCCGCCGAGCCAAAGCCCAAAUCACGAAGUGAAGCUAGAGCUGAGGCCAGGGCGAGGAUUAAGGCAAAGGCUCGUGCAAAAGCUGAGAAUGCUGAAUCUUCAAGUCAAGAGGACCCUGCCAAGAAAGAGGCCGCAAAUGAUCAACCGCCUAAGCCUUCCACCGCUGAGGAUGGAGAGUCUUCACCCGAAACUCCUUUAACGAAAGCUUCCAAGGCAAAGAAAGCGAAAUCUACAAAAGCUGCAGAUGAUCCAGCAAAGGCUCCCAGCGAACAGAAGUCAACGCCCAAGAAGAAUGCCAGGAAAAGGCCCCACCGAUCUGGCCAAACAGGAGAAGAAGAUGCAAACAUCUCAAAAGAGACAGCAGAGCAAGCUGAGAAAGCCAACACAAACACAGCUGAAGGUACUGCUGAUGGAAAGGCUGCCGCGGCUACUCCUAGCAAGAAGAAGAAAACACUCGAGUCGAUUCAAUUGCAAAUCAUUAAAGAUAUUGCCAGAAAAGAAAUUCCCAAAGUGUAUAAAAUGAUUCAACAAAAUCAUUAUAAUCGUUCGACAAACGCUCGAAAAACCUCUCAACUGGCUUCCAGGGAAGCAAGGCGCUGGCAAUUCCGUACUAUAAAAAAUAAUAAAGAUAUGCAAACAAAGGCGAAACGCGCUAUGCGUGAAACUAUGGUCUUUUGGAAGCGUAACGAGCGUGAGGAGCGUGAUACGCGCAAGAAGGCUGAAAGAGUGGCUUUAGAUCGUGCCAAGAAAGAAGAAGAGGAUCGUGAGUCUCGUCGACAAGAUCGAAAGUUGGAUUUCUUGAUUACGCAAACAGAAUUAUACUCACAUUUCGUCGGUAAAAAGAAGGUCGACAAAGAACAUUUACCAUCUUCAGAUGCUCCAACCGCUUCUGCUAGUGAAUUGAAUUUCGAUUCCGAUGAUGAAGAAAGCAUUCACAAGUUGGCCGUCGAGAAUGCUCAAGAAGCAAUGCUACGAACCCGCGAACACUCCAAACAAUUUGAUACUAAACCAAUUUCUUCAGCCAGUAGUAAUGACGAUAUGAAUGAAGGUGAAAUGAACUUCCAAAACCCAACCUUGAUGAAUGCUGUUGAUGUAGGACAACCCAAGAUGUUGAUGUGUAAACUAAAAGAAUAUCAACUGAAAGGUCUCAAUUGGCUUGCCAAUUUAUAUGAACAAGGAAUCAAUGGUAUCCUAGCAGAUGAGAUGGGACUGGGUAAAACCGUACAAUCCAUAUCCGUAAUGGCUUAUCUUGCUGAGACUCACAACAUUUGGGGACCUUUCCUCAUCAUCGCUCCUGCUUCUACUCUUCAUAAUUGGCAACAAGAAAUUACUCGGUUUGUUCCGAAAUUGAAGUGUAUUCCGUACUGGGGAAGCACCAAAGAUCGGAAAAUUCUACGGAAAUUUUGGUGCAGAAAAAAUAUGACUUAUGACGAGAAUUCUCCUUUUCAUGUAGUUGUCACUUCCUAUCAACUCGUUGUGUUAGACGCUCAAUUCUUUCAAACUGUUAAAUGGCAAUACAUGAUUUUGGAUGAAGCACAAGCCAUUAAGUCUUCUUCUAGUUCACGUUGGAAGAGUUUAUUGGCUUUCAAAUGUAGAAAUAGACUGCUGUUGACUGGUACUCCAAUUCAAAACACUAUGCAAGAACUAUGGGCUUUACUUCAUUUUAUUAUGCCUACUCUUUUUGAUUCUCAUAAUGAGUUUAGUGAAUGGUUCUCAAAAGAUAUUGAAAGUCAUGCUCAGAGUAAUACUCAGUUAAAUGAGCAGCAACUUAAGCGAUUGCAUAUGAUUUUGAAACCAUUUAUGUUACGAAGGGUGAAGAAAAAUGUUCAGUCAGAAUUAGGUGAGAAGAUUGAAAAAGAAGUUUAUUGUGACCUUACCCAAAGACAAAAAACUUUAUACCAAGCUCUUCGGAGACAAAUAUCUUUCGAAGAGUUAUUAGAAAAGGCUAUUUUGGGAGGGGAUGACACAGUCGCUAGCAUUAUGAAUUUGGUGAUGCAAUUUCGAAAGGUUUGCAAUCACCCAGAUUUAUUCGAGCGUGAAGAUGUGCGGAGCCCUUUAAGUUUGGCAACAUGGAGCAGAUCAGUAUAUAUCAAUAGAGAAGGCUCAUUUCUGGACGUGCCAUAUAAUACCCGAAAUUUUAUAACGUUAGAGAUUCCACGACUAAUGUACAAAGACGGCGGGCUUUUGCAUGUACCGAGUUCGGGAAGUCGAGCUGGUUUCGAAAAUAAAUUUUUGAGAAAUCUUAUGAACAUUUGGAAUACGGAGCACCUUCACAAUACUUCGACAUCUAGUGGUGACAAUUCUUUUUCUUGGAUUCGGUUUAUUAAUGAAUCCCCCUCUUCUGUUAGUUAUUCUGCUCGUAAUCCUUUGUUAAGUUUGUUGGAGGAAGGAAGUAAGAAUAUUGUUUCCCCUCAAAAAUAUCAACUGCGACAAUCCCAAGCCCUUAAUGACGAUUACUAUGACAAGCAUAAAAUGCUAAUAUUGCCCGAUAAAUCAACUAGAAUCAGAUGUUUGGGUGAAGAUGCUAGCUUCAACAGUCCUAUGCACAAGCUAACGAAUGUCGUUCAAGAAAGCGAUUCUCAACUCGAUUUGGUUUUAUUAGACUCAGUUUUAGUUCAAAAAGCGACUGCUCCUCCAGUGGAAAUAUAUUGCCCCGGAAGCAGACAAUUUGUGCACGAUCAAGCCAUGUUUAUUAGAGACCCUAUUUGGAGUCACUAUAUGUAUCAGCCGUUGAAGAGCGAAGAAGAUAGUAUAAUUUCUGAUCCAGCCAUUACGGUCCUACCGCCACCUCGUGACCCUUUGGUUCCUUCAUUAGGAGUUGCAAAAAGCUCCUAUUCAUUUAUACGUGUUCCUUCAAUGUCGCGAUUUAUUGCCGAUUCUGGCAAGCUGUCAAAGCUUGAUAAGCUGUUGACUGAAUUAAAGGCUAAUGAUCAUCGUGUUCUUAUUUAUUUUCAAAUGACGAGAAUGAUUGACUUAAUGGAAGAAUAUUUAAGUUAUCGUCAACACAGAUAUUUGAGAUUAGAUGGUUCUUCCAAAAUCAGCCAACGUCGUGAUAUGGUUUCGGAAUGGCAAACACGUCCUGAACUCUUUGUAUUUUUGCUUUCUACUAGAGCAGGAGGCUUGGGUAUAAAUUUGACCGCCGCGGAUACAGUUAUCUUUUAUGAUUCGGACUGGAAUCCAAGUAUUGACAGUCAAGCCAUGGAUCGAGCACAUCGUAUCGGUCAACAGAAACAAGUUACAGUGUAUCGCUUUAUUACUACAGGGACUAUUGAAGAACGAAUUUUGAUUCGUGCAAAAGAAAAAGAAGAGGUUCAAAAAGUUGUCAUUUCUGGUGGAGAAACACUUCCAACCAAACAAAUGGAUCUUAAAGGUAACUCACGAGAAAUGGUAUCGUGGUUGUUGGAAGAAUAA